GUUGCUAGGAUAUGUAAACAACGAUUUGAGAUUUCGUCCCGCUUUGUUGAAAUCUGCGUGCUUCUGAAAAAAAGAACGUCUAACCAAUGAGACUACCUGGGAGAUACUUGCGAGUGACGCUUAAACUACUGAUAUUUUCGGUCCUUAUGUACAGGAUAAAUACCACGGUGCGAACCGUAGAGGCUUGCAGAGCACUUGAAUUCACCGAUCUGUUUGAAGGAGUGGCCCUCACAGGUCACUUGAUAAAGAAUUUGUCAUUAGAGGUUCAAAACAACUGUCAACUGAGCUGCUACCUAGAGGACGAUUGUGUUUCUUAUAACCUUGGCCCCAAGAACACUGAUGGCAAGUACGUUUGUGAACUAAGUGACUCUGACGACCAACAAUUUCCCGGAGAUCUGGUGCCAAGAGAUGGGUUCAUAUAUGGUGUAACUAAAAACUUUUGUUCCAAUUCCAAGUGUUCUGGUAAUGGUAAAUGUCAGAAUGGAUUUACGGACAAGGGAUACCGCUGCUUGUGCCAGAAAGGAUUUGUGGGUGAUAACUGUGAGAACGGUUUUAAAAUAGGGAGCUGGCUCAAGGUAAAUACCAAUCCUCUUUGUUUUGGAACACGUAAUGACGAUCAUGGAUCAUUUACCAUUGCAAAGGCUGGAUCCAUUUCUGCCUUGAAGCUUGUUCACAUUUCGGGUGCCUUGACCUGCCACAGUUCGAGCACCAGAUCGUUCUGGGGUUGUGAAGUGUCCAGUUACGGGAAGAAGACUCUCAUGACUCUGGUCACUUACAUCAACCGCACUGUUUUCUUACCAACGAGAGAAACAGCAGACAUGGGCGAGCCCGACCAUACGUGCGCUACUGAAUACAUUUACCACCUUCAAGGCUUUGAUGACGUCUCCACAGAAAUAAUAUUCAACACGAGCUCAAAGACUCUACCAGUUAAAAUGAACCAAGGGUUCCAAAUUUGGUAUGGCCAAGAUUUAAGUGAUUGCAGUGAGAUCAACAACAGCGGUCAGAGCUGUGUUAAUGUGUAUGUGUGGUACGAUACUAUUUAUUAACGGGGCACUGUCUCUUGUCAUAUCAAAGUUUAUAACUGCAAUUGAACUGAGUGCAAUUUGUAUAGGUAAUCACAUGAU